AUGCCGGUUGAUCAAAUACAAUACUCAGAACGUUACAACGACGAUGUAUAUGAAUACAGACACGUCAUCCUUCCUCCCGACAUCGCCAGACUGGUUCCCAAAUCUCACCUCAUGACGGAGACAGAGUGGCGGAACCUGGGCGUCCAACAGAGCCCCGGCUGGCUCCACUUCAUGGUACACAACCCUGAACCCCACGUACUAUUAUUCAGGAGACCUCGAACAGACAUUCCCACUCCCGUCAAUGGUCUAGAUGUGACCACUUCUUCAACCGUGAAAGUAUGA